GAAUCUCCAAGAGAAGACGACAAGAAUGGCUGCCAACAUCUCCAAGAAGCGUAAAUUCGUGGCCGACGGUGUGUUCUACGCCGAGCUGAACGAGCUGCUGCAGCGUGAGCUGUACGGCGAUGGCUACUCUGGAGUCGAGGUGCGCGUGACCCCCAUGCGCACUGAGAUCAUCAUCCGUGCCACGCGCACCCAGGAGGUGCUCGGCGAGAAGGGCCAGCGCAUCCGCGCCCUGACGUCCGUCGUGCAGAAGCGUUUCAACUUCCCGGACGGAGCCGUCGAGCUGUACGCCGAGCGCGUGGCCAACCGUGGUCUGUGCUCGCAGGCCCAGGCCGAGUCGCUCAAGUACCGUCUUCUUGGCGGUCUGGCCGUGCGUCGCGCUUGUUACUCUGUCGUGCGUUUCGUCAUGGAGGCCGGCGCCAAGGGUGUGCAGGUCAUUGUGUCCGGUAAGCUGCGUGCUCAGCGUGCCAAGGCCAUGAAGUUCAACGAGGGCUACAUGGUGAAGACCGGUAACGCUUCGCAGGAGUACGUCGACACGGCUGUGCGUCACGUUCUGAUGCGCCAGGGUGUGCUCGGUGUCAAGGUGUCUAUCAUGCUGCCGCACGACCCUACGGGCAAGCAGGGCCCCAAGCGCGCUCUUGACGACGUUGUGACCAUCCUGGAGCCUAAGGAGGAGGUGCACCGCCCCUACGUGGAGCCCACGGCCCCCGUGGUGCCGGCCGCCGCUGCCCCCGCCCUCGUGGACCCGGUGUUCCAGCCCACCGCUUAAGCAGGAGCCUAAUUAAUCCUAUGGAAACGUCCUUCUCUUCCUGAACCAUACAAUAAUCGUUUAGUCUGUCCAUCA